GUGGUGGAAGCAGAGGAAAGGGAGGUGCUAGGGUCUCCGGUCAAGCGUACGCGACGCAGGAAUCCAGAAGGAGCCGGAAGCGGGGGCCGGGGGAAAGGGGCUGUCCAAAGGUUUAACCAAUCCGCUGGCAAGGUGUCCUUCGCAUUGACCAAUAAGGUCACGCCUCGCGCACAAUGUCUCGCGACAAGGGCGUUUAGCCUGCACGUUUCAGCGCGUUGGGCGGCGUCCGGGUAUAAAAGACUCCGCCCGAUCGGGCAGCCGCCAUUCUGGAGUUCGUUUAGAGGUUUGAAUUUUCUCGGAGAAAGACAGGCCGGCCACGAGGAAAACAGAAACGAGCCGCAACGACAUCUAAGCCCUUGAAAGGAUCCAGAGGGGGGAAAGGGAAAACCGCAGCCACCAGCCCAACCACUUGUGUCUUCUACCCCUGCCCACCCAUCUUGCCCACCCCACCAGCCCACGCUGCUUGGGACUUGAGAUCUGUGGCCGAAGGACCAUCACCACAUACCUUCAAAAAUAAUCAACCACCCUCCCUUCCCAAACCCAACCCAAUUUCACUCAUCCAGCGUUUACUUUUUUGCACCCACUCAGAAUUUUUUUCAACAACCCCCCUCCCUAAAUGGAGUCGGGUGGGGGGGAAUGAAUACUGAGUUGGCGUUUCUUUUUUAAGAGACUUUUUGAUCCAAUGAGGCCCCCUAAAUAAUUCAGUUUUGGGUCCUGGUUGGUUGGUUUUUUUUUUUCCUCCAAAUUUUGCCCCCUCCCCCCCUGAGCCCGAGGUGCUGACGUCGCAAAAAAAUUGGAUAGUAAGUGUCGAAUUUUCAAAAACCAGCCUUGCAACAAGAAAUCAACGUUUCCCGUUGUGAAACCAAAAAUGAGAGGAAGAAAUGAGACCAUAGAACAAAUGUAGAGCUGGAGAAGGACCGAUCUGGUCACUUAAUCUCCAUUAAAAAGGGCCUUUGGGUCUAAAGAGUCUUGUUUUCUCUCCCCUACCACCUACCUCUUCCCUGCUCUGCUGCAGGCAAGGAGGGGGUGCAGGGAGGGCCAGCAAGUGAGAAUUUUGAUGGUUAACCCUUCGUAAUCCAGACAAUUUCCAGACUGCCAAAGCAUGUGUUUGCUUUUAUAAGGAGGAAUGGUUACCUUCCUCUGGGUAACAGCAGUCUUCAAAAGGGUUAAUGAGCUCACAUACAAAAGAUGGUGGAUCUUGUGGCCCAGAAGUCCCACUUCUUUGUGUGUGAGACGAGCAGGGCGCCUUUCAAUUUGCCAGAUUAAUAAGCAAUCUGUACAUAAAGAUUGCAGGGUAAGGAGAUGGGCAGAGAAUAAUAGCUGGCUAUGUUUUUAAAUGAUUGUUAAAUCCUCUCAGUUUUAAUGUAAUUUGCUUGGGAUAUUGUAUGUUGAAACUAGGUGGCAAUCUAGGAAUAAAGAUUGCAAGACACUUAAUUUAGGACAAAAUAGUAUCAAUACAUAACAAGUUAAUCGGGAGGUAAAGAAUGUCUUGUAAUUGUUGCAAAUUGCAUAGGUUAUUUAAAAGCAAAAAUGAUUAACAUUUUUUUGACUUGAUACUUUUUGGUUGGGUAUAGCUAAAAGGGCGGAAAGGUUGGGAAAUGUGGAAUUCAGGAAUAAUUUUAAAAGCCAUUUAGUGCAAUUGAAUGCUAGCUUUCUAAAAGAUUUGUGUCGUUAAAAGGAAUUUUUCUCUUCCCUGCUUCAAUAUGGCGACUUUCCUUGUCCUUUUGUCUUCCAAGCGGUGUUGCAGGUUGUGUCUUGACCCAUUUUUCUCCUGUCCUCCCAUCUCAACCCUAUUUGUUGAGAGGGGUCCAAUUCCUCCCCCCUUUACGGGAAGGAUGGGGUGGUCGACGGUAGCAAUUUAACUUCAGUUGCAGUUCAAUUUCCCCGCAGAAAAUUGUUCUUUGAACUAUUUUAAUUGCUUAUAUUUUCAUUAUGCCGAUUCAAAAUAAGUCAAGGACUAUUCAGCAUGGGGCGGGCUUCGCUUUUUUUCUUUUCUUUUUAACGAAAGAGUGUUUUAUAAUCUAAUUGUAGCUACCGGCAGAGCCCUACCUAUCGGAUCCGAGUUGAGUCCUCUUCUCACAAAAUGGCCUCCCUCCUUUGUUGUUUCUCUCCCUUUGCCAUCUUGAGCUCAGGGCCGCCCCAGCCCUUGGUCGAGGGGGAGGAGCCGCCUUCGACGGUGAUGUAAUGGGCUUUCUCUCCGCCCUCUCGCAACUCCACCCCUCGGUUCCGCAGAUUUCCUCGCUGCCUCCCUGGCCUUGCAAUUAGGGAGAAGACGUCCUUGUUUUGAUGUAAUCAUUUAAAAGCCUUUCUCUUAAAGGGAUAAAAGCUCAUGGGGAGUAUGUUUCCCGGCUGGCCCUCGAGUAGCUUUAGUUUUUGUGUUUAACAACCAGUCUGUUGCUUUUUACUUUAACCUUCCACUCAUCACAACUGCUUGGAAGUGUGCCCCGCUUCUGUUGCCCAAUGCCAGAGCCAGUCAGGCCUCAACUGUACUUUAAGGCUGGGGGGCUUCAGGAGGGAUUGUGUGUGCUUGUUUGUGUAUGUGUGUGUCUUAGGAGACGGGAGAGGCUUGUAACUUUAUGGACAGUUGGGGCCUCGUGACCCUGAGCUGUGACAUUUCUGCUCAGUAGCUAGUCCUCCAGCCUCCUGCUUUUGGUUGCUUUGUGUUGAGAAUCGGGAAGGGUGGGUACUUUGAGAACUUUCUUCUCAAUCACCGCUACUCCCAUCUCUGUUUGGGGAUAAACUCUUGUGUCCAGUGCUUUAUCACGGUUCUCCAGUACGUUGGUACUAGGAUGAAAAGUGAAUCUUUAGGAAAGGAGGCGGCAGUUGUAAACUCAAGGCAGGGGGAAUCCAGCUACGGUUCUGAAACUUAGAUCAUGGGUUCUGGGCCCAUAGACCCCAAAGAGCUUCUCAAGGGCCUGGACAGCUUCCUAAACCGAGAUGGGGAAGUCAAGAGUGUGGACGGGAUUUCCAAGAUCUUCAGUCUGAUGAAGGAAGCGCGGAAGAUGGUGAGUCGCUGCACGUACUUGAACAUUCUCCUCCAAACCCGCUCGUCAGAAGUUCUGAUCAAGUUUAUCGACGUAGGAGGCUAUAAGCUUCUUAACAGCUGGCUGACAUAUUCCAAGACGACCAACAACGUCCCCCUCCUCCAGCAGAUCCUGGUGACCCUCCAGCACCUGCCACUCACUGUGGACCAUCUCAAGCAGAACAACACAGCCAAGCUGGUGAAGCAGCUGAGCAAGUCAAGCGAGGAUGAAGAGCUCCGGAAGCUGGCCUCGGUCCUCGUCAGUGACUGGAUGGCGGUCAUCCGCUCCCAGAGCAGUGCGCCCCCUGCUGAAAAAGACAAGAAAAAGCGGAAAGAAGAAGGAAAGGGUCGAACUGCUCCUCCUGAACGGCCUCUGGCUGAGGUGAAGACCGAGGCCCGAGCAGAGGAGGCCCCGGAGAAGAAGAAGGAGAAGCCCAAGUCUCUGCGCACCACCGCCCCCAGUCACGCCAAGUUCCGCUCCACCGGCCUCGAGCUGGAGACGCCGUCCUUGGUGCCCGUGAAGAAGAACGCCAGUGCCGUCGUGGUCUCCGACAAGUACAACCUCAAGCCCAUCCCGCUGAAGCGCCAGAGUGCCACAGCUGCUCCGGGAGACAUGGUCCCCCCCGCAGAGAAGAAGUACAAGCCCCUCAACACGACCCCCAACGCCACCAAGGAGAUCAAAGUGAAGAUCAUCCCGCCACAGCCUAUGGAGGGCCUGGGCUUUCUGGACGCUCUCAAUUCAGCCCCUGUGCCAGGCAUCAAGAUUAAGAAGAAGAAGAAGGUGCUGUCACCUACUGCUGCCAAGCCCAGUCCCUUUGAAGGGAAGCCGAACACAGAACCAAGCACAGCCAAACCCUCGUCACCAGAGCCAGCCCCGCCUUCUGAGGCCAUGGAUGUGGACCGCCCUGGCACCCCGGUGCCGCCUGUUGAAGUCCCGGAGCUCAUGGACACAGCCUCUUUGGAGCCGGGAGCCCUGGACGCCAAGCCAGUGGAGAGCCCUGGGGAUCCCAGCCAGCUGACCCGGAAGGGCAGGAAGAGAAAGACCGUGACGUGGCCCGAGGAGGCCAAGCUGAGGGAGUACUUCUACUUCGAGCUGGACGAGACUGAACGGGUAAAUGUAAAUAAAAUUAAGGACUUCGGUGAGGCAGCCAAGAGAGAGAUCCUGUCGGACCGACACGCGUUUGAGACGGCCCGGCGUCUGAGCCAUGACAGCAUGGAGGAGAAGGUGCCCUGGGUGUGCCCCCGGCCCCUGGUGCUGCCCUCGCCUCUUGUCAGCCCUGGAAGCAACAGCCAGGAGCGAUACAUCCAGGCCGAGCGGGAGAAGGGGAUCCUUCAGGAGCUCUUCCUGAACAAGGAGAGCCCUCAUGAGCCUGACCCUGAGCCCUACGAGCCCGUUCCCCCCAAGCUCAUCCCCCUGGACGAGGAGUGCUCCAUGGACGAGACCCCGUACGUGGAAGCCCUGGAGGCUGGGGGCUCGGGCGGCUCUCCUGACGGGGCAGCGGGCUCCAAGCUGCCUCCGGUCCUAGCCAACCUGAUGGGGAGCAUGGGUGCUGGGAAGAGUCCCCAGGGCCCUGGCGGAGGCGGCAUCAACGUGCAGGAGAUCCUCACCUCCAUCAUGGGCAGCCCCAGCAGCCACCCGCCGGAGGAACUGCUGAAACAGCCGGACUACUCGGACAAGCUCAAGCAGAUGCUGGUGCCACACGGACUCCUGGGUCCUGGACCGAUAGCCAAUGGUUUCCCACCAGGAGGCCCUGGGGCACCGAAGGGUAUGCAGCACUUCCCCCCUGGGCCUGGGGCGCCUAUGCCAGGUCCCCAUGGAGGCCCUGGCGGACCAGUGGGUCCACGUCUUCUGGGUCCCCCACCUCCUCCCCGAGGGGGUGAUCCCUUCUGGGAUGGCCCAGGUGACCCCAUGCGGGGUGGCCCAAUGCGAGGGGGUCCGGGCCCUGGACCGUACCAUCGAGGCCGAGGUGGCCGAGGAGGAAAUGAGCCCCCUCCACCUCCUCCAUUCCGAGGCACCAGAGGAGGUAGAUCUGGAGCAGGACCCCCUAAUGGACGAGGGGGCCCCGGCGGGGGCAUGGUUGGAGGUGGUGGGCAUCGGCCCCACGAAGGCCCCGGAGGGGGUAUGAGCAGCAGCAGCGGACAUCGGCCCCACGAAGGCCCCAGCGGGGGCAUGGGCAGUGGACAUCGGUCCCACGAAGGCCCUGGCGGUGGCAUGGGUGGAAGUGGUGGACAUCGGCCCCAUGAGGGCCCUGGACAUGGGGGACCGCAUGGUCAUAGGCCACAUGAUGUCCCUGGCCACCGAGGCCAUGACCAUCGAGGGCCACCUCCUCACGAGCACCGUGGCCAUGAUGGCCCUGGCCACGGGGGCGGGGGCCACCGAGGGCACGACGGAGGCCACAGUCAUGGAGGAGACAUGUCGAAUCGCCCCGUCUGCCGACAUUUCAUGAUGAAGGGCAACUGCCGCUACGAGAACAACUGUGCCUUCUACCACCCGGGUGUCAACGGGCCGCCCCUGCCCUAGGGCCGCCCGCCACCCCUGGACUUCAGCCUUGCUCCUCCGCCCGUUAUGGCUUCUGUGAGGCCCGUUUCCCCUUCCUCGGCUCCCA